AGAUCCAAUUCUGCAUUUUGUGAUCAGCGUUUUGCAAAGCAUCCGAGACUCGAGUUUUGGGACCAAAAAGAAAGAAAUGGGGAGUUUCCUUUAUUGAUUUCUGGGAAAAUCUUGGUGUGAUUUUCCGGAAUUUCGCACCUGUCCUUGAUUUUCUCAAAAACUCUAGCAUUUAUCGGUGACUCAUUCUCUUCGACUUUGAACGCCGACGUCGUCCUCAAUUUUUAGCCUCUCUCAAGUGAUCGUUUAUCUUUGUUGUUUGGACGAACUAACAAUGGCAAACGAUAAGGUUGAUGAUCAGCCUGGUUUACGCCAGAGUGAUGGUCACGUUGAGGAAUUGACUAAAAAGAUCGAUGCAUUGGAACGUGAGAGAGACGGAUUGGUGAACGAAAUUGCAGGGAGGAAGACCGAAAUCAAUAAACUGACGCUGGCGAUUGAUGUCUUGAGAGAAGAUGAACCGAAGAUGCGAGAGAAGUUGGAAGGUUUGGAGAGAGAGUUCGAACGGUCUCAAGUGGCCACGAAGGCAGCGGAAGUUGUGGCGGCGAGAAACGCCGGUCUUGAGAUCGAAGUUUCCAGGCUUAGCCGUGAUUCAGUGUCUAAGAAGAGUGCUGUUGAGGAAGCUAGGACAGAGUGUGCUAAACUGAGGACUGUCUUGCAAGAGAAAGAAUCGAUGGUGUCAGAUCUAAAGUGGGAAGUAGAAGAGUUAAAGCAAGCAAAGUUAGAAAUCGAGAAGAAGGCGAGGGAAUUAGAGAAGAAAAUUGGGGUUUUGGAGAUGAAAGAAAUUGAGGAGAAGAGCAAGAAAAUUAGGGUAGAGGAAGAAUUAAGAGAGGAAAUUGACGAGAAAGAGAAGGAAAUUCGUGGGGUCAGACACAAGCUUGAGAAGUUGCAAAAGGCUGCUACAGAGAGAGGACUUGAAUUGGAGGAGUGGAUUAAGGAAAAGCUAAAUUUGCAGGAGGCACUAAGAAUCAGAGGAGAAAUCAAGAAGCAUGAAGUCAAAUAUUCUAAAAUUGCAGGAGAAAAUUGAGGAAGCAGAAAAUGUAAUCAGAUCACUGAGGGAGAAGGCAGAUGAAGCAGUCAAGGAAGCUGUGGAAGGCAUGGAUAGUGAAGCAAAGGCUUUGAAUGGAUUGAAGUUGCAGUGGCCUAUGGUUGCAGGAUCUACUGGAGCUAUUGCGGCAGCAGCUGUUGUCGUCUAUGUCUGCUAUGGAAAAUGUACGUGAUUCCUGUGAGCAGAGCGACAGAGGAAGGAGAUAACUAUGAAUUGGAAGAUGAAGAGCACAAGUUAGGAUUUUUCGGUUUUAGUAACAACAAUACUUCAAUUUUGUUAGUCAUAAAGCCGAAACUUCCAUUCACCAGGGGAAAAAACACUAAUAUGCUUUGCUGGCUUUGUAUUUUUCUUGAGCCAAUAAAUUUUGAUUUAUAUCAAAGUUGUCAUACUUGUUAUGUGGAUGUUAAUUGGUGGUUGAGAUUUGAGAAGACUAAAACCAUUUGUCUACUGAAGGAAUACAGUUCUUGGCUUACUGCAAUUA